AUGUUUUAUCCACGCAUUCGGGAGAAAGGUGCAGGGUUAAUAGUUCUCAGUUGGACUUGCCUGGCUGUGCUGUGCGCCGCGUCCACAGCGCCCUGCGACAAGACCCGCAGGGUUUUCACACAGCCCAGCGGCAUCAUUACCGAUGGACCAAGCAACUCUAAUUAUACACAAGAUUCCCACUGUGAAUGGCUGAUCAAAGCUUCGAAUAAAUCCCAAUAUAUAACGUUAAGUUUUAUUCGUAUGGGUACAGAGUGCUCAUAUGAUUAUGUGUUUGUUUAUGACGGUGAUUCCUUUGAUGCUCCACUACUUGGAAGUUUCAGUGGAAAAACUGAACCACAAAAUGUGACUGCUUCUAGUGGUUAUAUGCUAAUACUUUUGUAUAGUGAUACAAAUUAUGUACUAGAUGGGUUUCGGGCUACAUAUGCUAUACACAACUGUCCUAACAACUGCACAGGUCAGGGCGAGUGUGUGUCUAACAAAUGUUUCUGUGAAGGCAAGUGGGGUGGACCCGACUGUAGUGUUAAAUUAUGUCCUAAUGAAUGCUCAAAUAAUGGACAAUGUAAAGGAGAUAGAUGUAUUUGUAAGAAAGGGUAUUCAGGAGAUUCAUGCUCCUUAAAAAGUAUAGAUAAAGAUGGCAACAGCUGGCAUUGGCUGUCACGAACAGAGAGUGGUAUGACUAGGAGGGCAGCUCACUCGGCUGUUUAUGUCAAUCAUACAGACUCUCUGUAUGUAUUUGGAGGAUAUGAUCUGAAUAAGGUUUUAGGUUUAUUGGAGGUUUAUAGUUUUUCUACUAGUCAAUGGUAUGAUGAAAAUGGGAAAGUUGUGAGAAGGUAUCCCACAAAUGAAGAAAUUGAUAAAUCAUUGUUGACGCUUUUCAAGAAGGGUGUUCUUAAUGAUAGUUGGCACAUAGGCAAUGGAAGUUCAUUGUUUACAUUAAUUCUAUCAUCCUUCUCUAACAAUGACAAAACCACAUUUCCUGUUAUGUAUACUCAUUCGCCUGCACCAUACUCAGAGAGCUAUCUGCAUUUUACUGAUAGACCAGAGAUGUUUAAUUCAAUGAAAUCAAAUUAUACAAAACCUGAGCCACGGUAUGGUCACUCUGCAUGUGCAUUUGGGACGGGUUUUGUUCUAUAUGGAGGAAAACUGUCAGAUGGGAGUCUUUCUUCCGAGUUGUGGUUUUUUGAUGCAAUAACAAAUAGAUGGACAUUACGGGCUGUCAAUUCGACAUUCAUUCCACCUGGACUCACAAGACACACACUGACAGCUGUGAAAGAUGAGUUAUACUUGUUUGGAGGAAGUACAAUGGAAGGAGAAUUUUCUUCCAGUAUGUAUAAAAUAAAAUUAGGCGAUGUGAAUACAGAAUUUUGGGAAAAAGUUCAAGUUAGGGGUGGAAAAGAACUGGAUGUCCGUGUAGUGGCACACACUGCUGUUUAUCAUUCCCAUUCUAAUUCCAUUUUAGUCUAUGGAGGUGUUGUUGCUAGCGUUGCAAGGUUUUCGAAAUUGUCGGAUAGGAUGUUUGCGUUUGAUAUAGACUAUAGACAUUGGAGUGAAAUACAUUACCCGAGAGCACAUUUAAGAGAUACAUAUGUUCCACGAGAAAGAGCAUUUCAUACUUCAACUGUUAUUGGCAAUUAUCUCGUUGUUUUCGGUGGCUACUCUCAUAGACAUAACAGAGAAGAAAUAUGUUACGACGGUCAAAUGUAUUUGUACCAUCUUGGAUGCCAUUCGUGGAUUCCGUUGGAUGUGUUAGAAACACCAAAAUUCUAUCCAAAGAAACAGGGUGUAUUCGCUCACGCGGCGGCGUUAAAAACUCCAUCUACUUUACUAAUAGCCGGAGGAUAUCACGGCAAUGUCAAUGGAGACUUGCUCGCAUAUGUUGUUCCUAGUUGGCAAGCAGGAAUUACCAACAAUAAUCCAGAGUCGGCGUGUCCCCGACAUCAGACGCAACCUGAAUGUCUCGCGGACCCUGAAUGCGGCUGGUGCUCUGCUGAUGACAUAUGUUAUGGACGGACAAGUGGAUCGAAUUGCACACCGAAUUUGCAAUCGAUACGAUGUGGAGGUAUAUGUCCAGCUCUCGGCGAUUGUCACUCUUGCCUCAUUCACGGACCACCGCUAGGGGAAAAUAGUACGCGAACGGCUUUACCGUCAGUCAGCACAAAACUAGGAUUAUUCAAAUGCAGUUGGUGUGUUCAGAAUGCUCGCUGUCAUCAUAAAAAUGACAAUUAUGGUGUUUGUGGAGAAGAUACCCCAUCCGAAAAUCCAGGCUGGUGGGGUACGACGGGAACAGAAGUAACAACCCCGGAAGAAUGUAAAGUGUUAGAUAAACGACCUGGACUUACUUUCUUAAGAUACCAGCAGCCUGCUGACUGGAGUCACCCUGACGCCGUAUCAGUGGUGAAUGCCACCACAGUUGAUUGGGGGACGGGUGGAGGAAGUAAUCAUAUAUUUAGUGGAUCAAGUGAAGCCAGAUUAAGAGGUUGGCUGCAUAUACCCCAAUAUUGGAAUGGAACAGGCGAAACAUUACACAUAUGUGCCGGAUAUUCCAAUAUAUCAUUAAAAUUAGGAGAUAACACCAGCUCGGCAGCUAAUCUGACAGCGCAGCCAUCGGCCUGCUCACUAGUCGAUUGGCCGACCUUGUUUCCGGGACGACUCUCAGUUGAUAUGCAUGCUAAUGAUUCAUUGCAUACAGGUUUAUAUCCAUCUCAUCAUCAUGCCAAAAUGGAGUUGCUUCAUAAUAAAUCGCAAGAGAGUGCAAAGGUAUUCACAUUUGAAUUUCUGGAACCCUAUUCGGAUGGACAAUGUUCAAACUAUGGUAACUGCUUACUAUGUCUAUCGGAUGCUGCUUGUGGAUGGUGUGAAUUGACGAAUCGCUGCGAGCUCAGGAAUACUGACGAAACGGACGCGUGCGCCGCCGACGGCGAGUGGAGGUAUCUCACACUUCAACCGGCGGCCUGUCCCAACUGUUCGAAUUACAUAAGCUGCGAGCGGUGCGUGGCGGGCAACUACUGCGAGUGGUGGGCGGACGAGGCUCGCUGCGCCCGUCGCGGCCGCGCCGGCGGAGCCAUCCUCGACACCAGCGAGUGCCCCGCGCCCUGCCGCAUGCGGCUCGACUGCGAGCACUGCCUGGACGAGCGCGGCCGCUGCGUCUGGUGCGAGGCCACGCGCCAAUGUUUCAGCUUUAGUGUCUAUACGAGCGAAUAUCAGUUCGGGUUAUGUCGCGAGUGGCUCGACCGCGCGUCGACUCCGACUGAUGAUGCCGCUCGGAAAUCGGGACAGUGCAAGUCGUGUCAGGGCCACACACAAUGUUCUACAUGUCUACGAAGCAUGGGAUGCGGUUGGUGCCACUCCCACGAGAACCCAAUUAAUGGGAUGUGCACUGAGGGUGAUUUUACCAGGGCUCACAUCGAUUGUGCAUCUCUGUUAAAUGUUACGUCGUCUGAUGCAGGUUGGGCCUACGCACAAUGUCCUGAUGUCGACGAGUGUGGACUUGGUCUUCACGAUUGUCACGAACAUGCCGUAUGUAAUAACACUCAUGGAUCGUACACGUGUAAAUGUAAACAGGGUUACAUUGGUGACGGCAAGAAAAGCUGUAUGCGAACUUGUUACAACAAUUGCAUACAUGGGUAUUGUCUUGGGCCUCCACAGUACAAAUGCUAUUGUGACUUAGGAUGGACCGGGGCGGACUGUUCCAUUAAUUGUGGGUGUCAUAAUCACUCUACAUGUCGAACUGGUGUAGGACGUUGCGACGAAUGCCAGGAUUGGACUGAAGGAGAAUUUUGUGACACAUGCAAGCCCGGUAGCCAUGGCAAUGCUACUACCGGACAGGGAUGUAGGCGCUGUGAUUGUAAUGAUCACGGCGAUGAGACAAAAGGCAUUUGUGAUGUCGCAACAGGAGAAUGUAUUUGCAAAGAUAAUACUGAAGGUCAGAAUUGUGAACGAUGUAAAUCUAAAUUUUAUGGGGAUCCGCGACAUGGUGGAAGAUGUUACUAUCAGUGUGAACCUAGAGGUAUGUUAAAUGCUUCUGACACAGAAGGUAUUGGUUCUUAUAAAACAGACCCAGACAUUAAAACAAUUGGACCAUCCAAAGAAUGCCUCUGGAUUAUAUCUGCCGAAGAUAUCAAAGAUGCUAUAAUUCAGUUUACGAUAAACUCGUCUACGUUCGACGUACCUUGUGAUGAGAAUGCUGUGUACGUGUACGAUGGACUUGGUGGUGUUCCAGAUAUGAGCAAUAAUCAGCAGAGCCAAUUAUUAGGUGUUUUUUGUAAUGGAGCUUCCUCUGGAGUCGUGGAAGCACGAAGUGGAAAUUUGACAGUCCAUUACAAACAGGGACAAGCAGAACAAGGCUUUGAAGGAGUGUAUAAAGUCUUAGCAUGUGAAGGAUAUUGUACAUGGCCGAGGGUUUGCAACAAAAGACAUUGUGUGUGUAGAGAAGGCUAUGGGGGAACAGAUUGCGAGGUUGAGAUAUGUAGGAAUAAUUGUAGUGUAUCUAUCAAUGCAGGUAUAUGCGACACAAGUUACGGCCGAUGUCUUUGCAAUGAAGGUUAUGGUGGCGCUGAUUGUUCUACUAAAUUGGAUAACACGCAACUAGUCUUUACAGAACUUUUUAACUCAGAAUAUUUGUCAGAUGGUCUAGAUCAUUUAAGGAAAACAUUGCCAAGAUUUGGACAUAGUUUAGUUGCCGACAGACGUGGAUUGUGGAUGUUUGGAGGCUAUUCUCUUUCUCAUGGGCCUUUAAAUGACAUAAGGUUUUUCGAUACUAAAAAUAACACCUGGAUGCAAGUUACAGUAGAAGCUACUCCUGAUGCUAAAAUGCCUGAAGGCCGAUAUUUCCACGCAGCCGAGAUUUAUCAUUCCAAACAAAACAUUUAUAUUUACGGCGGUCUAAGUUUGCAAGAGAAAAGCGUUCAAAAUAAAACAUUAGGUGAUUUCUGGCAAUUCAGUUUGAAAGACCAAAGGUGGAGUAACAUUAAAAGUAAAGACGAGCAACCACCACCUCUUGCUGGCCACACACUCACAUUGCAAAAAUAUCAAGACUACGAGAGUUUGGUCUUAAUUGGUGGGUUUUCAUUAGAGCAAGGUUUUAUGGCUAAUAUGUGGGAAUUCGAUCUCGAUCAUGAAAAAUGGAUAAAAUUAAACUGUGAAGGUUCUAAGCCUGCGGGUAUAAUCGGACACAGUACUGUGUAUCACGCUCCCUCGCAAAGUUUGUAUGUGUAUGGAGGUAUUUUAUAUGCUUAUAAUGGAACAAUGAUGUCUAAUAAAUUGUUUUCAUUACAUUAUCCAACGAAAAAAUGGAGUGAAUUGCCAACAUUCCCGAAUCUGAAUCACUUCUAUGAUAAUUUACCACAAGCUACGUAUUUACAUUCAGCGGUUACAACAAAUGAUUAUAUGAUUGUAUUUGGAGGGAGAACUUAUCCUGACCAUAGAACCGACACCCUUAUUGCUUAUAUCUAUAGCUGCAAUCAGUGGGUUAGACUUGUUAAAGGAGUGAGUAUAGUAGGUCAUCCACCUCCACCUACAAUAGCACAUGCUAUGGCUAUCGAUAUAGAAUCAGAAAAUGAAGGAUACAUUUAUAUAAUAGGGGGAUGGACCGGGAGUGCCGAUUGUCAAGUCACCCGUAUAUCUUUGCCCGAUGAUUUGUGCUCUUUGUGGAGUGCCAGCAAAAUGGAAUGUCGUAGUCAUAUGGGCUGUAGUUUUUGUAGCACUGGAAAUUAUACAAAGUGCUAUUCUGUGGACAAGCCUGGGUGUGAAGGAAGCGAUCGGGUGUCUACGAAUUCUGGUUCAUCCUGCGACGCCGAAUUAGUUUCUAGACGAGCUUGUGAAAACUUCACUACCUGUACAUCGUGCCUAGCUGCUUGGCCCUUAUAUCCAGAAGAGAAACCUGCAUGCCGUUGGUGUGAAUCCUGUGCGGCUGCUGUAGGUGAAUGUGUGCCUACUGACGAAUCAUGUACCAGCAUCAAAUGCAAUGCGGGUACUACAUAUAUUAGUGACGUUGACCAAUGUCCAGAACUACGUUGUGUAGCAUCCGACUGUGACAAAUGUGUAUCCAAUCAGUGUACAUGGACACGACAAGCCAGUAGAGAAGGCCAACAAACAACAAUAUCUGAGGACCCACUGGAGUUAUUCAACUGGACUUGUGCAUCCAUCGAGGAGGCCGGGCGGGCGAGCCUGCGGCCGACAUCUCGUGAGGAGUGUCCCAACCGGUGCUAUACGUACGACGAUUGCCAGUCGUGCCUGAGCGCGGACGGGGCCGAGGGCGGUUCGUCAGAAUGCCACUGGGCGACAUACCUGGGCAAGUGCAUUUCGCCGGCGCACCAGCCAGUGUACUGCGCGGGCGGCGUGUGCGGGCUGGUGCUCACGAAGGCGGACAAGAGCAAGUGUCCGGCGCCGUGCGGCACGUUCGAGCAGUGCAGCGAGUGCCUGCACCACUCGCACUGCGGCUGGUGCGCGCUGGCCGGCGCCAACGGGCAGGGCGUCUGCACCGAAGGCUCAGUGGAGGCGCCGCUCGACUACUCGACUCGCACCACGUGCGCGGCCGUGUAUGACGCCGCACACCGCCAGCGUGAUCUCAACGACACCUUCUCGUGGCACUACACUCGCUGCCCGCCGGAGAACGAGUGCGAGAACAACCACCAUCAAUGUAAAGCGGACUCCGAGGUGUGCCGCGACCUGCCCGAGGGCUACUCGUGCGCGUGCGGCGCGGGCCACCGGCGCGCGGCGGGCGGGUGCGAGGCGGUGUGCGCGCAGGGCUGCGUGCGCGGCGCCUGCGUGCAGCCCGACGUCUGCCGCUGCGACUUCGGCUACGUCGGCGCCAACUGCACCAUCCAGUGCCAGUGCAACGGCCACUCGCACUGCGAGGGGCCCGACAAGCUCGACGUCUGCCUCCAGUGCCACAACAACACCAUGGGCAAACAGUGCGAAAAGUGCAAGCCGAACUUCGUGGGCGAGCCGACCAACAACGGGCAGUGCGUGCCGUGCUCGACGUUCUGCCACGGGCACACGGCGGCGUGCGCGGGCGAGGCGGCGGAGGCGGCGCCCGACGACGAGUACUCCCGCGAGCGCGCGCGCUGCCUGCGCUGCGCCAACCACACCGCCGGCGCGCGCUGCGAGCGCUGCCUGCCCGGCUACUUCCGCGGCUCCGACGACUUCCGCGACCUCUGCCGCCCGUGCGAAUGUCACGGGCACGGCGAUACGUGUGACCCGGUGACCGGAGAGAAGUGCAACUGCGGGAACAAUACCGAGAGCGACAUCUCAUGCCAGACCGCCAGCUCCAGCAAGAACUCUGCGCAAGAAUGCUGGCGAUACCAGUGCGUGAAAUGCAAGGACCUCUACAUGGGUGACCCGAGAAAUGGACAUCAAUGUUACAAGACCAUCAAUAUCGAAAAUAAAUUAUGUUUCGAUGGGAAGUCCAUAGACGAAUGUAAGAUCAAACCACGCCCAUUAUAUCCAGGCCAAACGGUAUUCGUAGCCGUAAACCCGAGGUACAUGAACGUAGAUAUACGGGUCAUAGUAGACGUCACUCAAGGCGCUGUCGAUUUGUAUCUGAGUCCAAAUGAUAGUUCGUUCGUGGUAGCCGUAAACGCAAGCAACGGCGCACACGCAGUGGAGUUAGACCCAUCGUACUACAAGCACGAACCGUUCCGCAAGAUACCGUCCUUCGACGACCACGUGCCGGACCAACCACGUGUUUCGUGGUGGUACGACAAAAUAGAGUACACACUAGCCGAUUAUAAGGCGAAGGAUCUCGCCACUUACGUGACGGUCGACAGGCGAAACAUACUGCUUCGAGUGCGCAACCUCCGCAACCGCCUCGUCCUAACCCUGCCCGAGAACGUCCACGACUUAACCCACACAAAGUUCUACAUUAUCAUCAAAGCGAGAAAUACGGAAGAUGGCGCCGCGAGUUUCGGUGUCACGUUCUUCCGCCAAGAUCAACUACACAUCGAUCUGUUCGUGUUUUUCUCAGUAUUCUUCUCCUGUUUCUUCUUAUUCCUUGCGGCAUGUGUGGUCGCGUGGAAAGCGAAGCAGGCUGCUGACGUGAGGCGAGCUCGACGGAGACACGUUGUCGAGAUGCUGCACAUGGCGAAGCGUCCGUUCGCGGCGGUGACCGUGGUGGUGAGCGGCAGCAACGUGAAGGUGGGCCGCCGCCGCCCGCCCGACCUGCGGCCCGUCGCCAUCGAGCCCACCGGCGACGGCCGCGCCGCCGUCACCACCGUGCUCGUCAGGUUGCCGGGCGGCGCGCGCGCGCCCGUGCGGCUGUCGCUGGCGUCGUCGCUGGUGCUGGUGUCGCGCGCCGCGCCGCCCCGCGCGCGCCCGCGGCCCCCGCGCCUCCCCUCGCACCCCGCCUCCGCGCGCAUCGCGCUCAACACCUAGGCCUCGCCGCCCGCCGCACGCGCUCACUAUCACCCACCCAUACCUUCAUCGACUGGUUGUUCUAUUACUUCGAUUAUUACCUGCCUUUACGCGUACGCUCUUUCACGCAGAAUGUGUAUGUAAAAGUAGACAAAAAAGAGAAUACCCGCGCGCGCCUCUUUAUAAUAAUUAAUUCAUAUUGCAGAAUGAAGGACAUCUGACUAUAUAUAGAAUAGAGACAAAUAUUAUUAUUUGUAAAAUAAAAACAGUGGAAUAAAAUAAUUAAUUUAACAAAAAGUAAAAUAAC